AGCAACCGUCUGCAUCGCGCGCAGCUCUCGAAGCGAUUUCGAUUUCGAAUCCCACAACGAACCCUUUGGCCUCCUCGAAGGAUACAGAGCAUUCACCACCACCCAGGCGCCACUCAGUCGCAGUCCACAUCUCGCACAAGGAUUCCAGCGAAAAACAUUCCAAGGCAGCCAUGUCAGCCGUCCCGAUGAAAAUCCUCCUGGCCGGAGUAUUCCUGCUGGCCAAUGCCUGGCACAUCACAGCUGUAAACGAGCAGCAUCAUCAGCGGCAGCAAUUGGAGUGCUGGCAUUGCAGCUCGGACACCAUCGGGUCGGAGGACUUUUGUGAUGUGACCUUCCAAGAGGACAACAUACCGACGGAUCUCAUCAGGGAGCGGAACAUCAAUCUGCUGAGGAGCUGCAACAGCACUAUUCAUUCCGAUCACGAGAGGCCAGUGUGUCGCAAAACUGUGGAGGAGAACAAUGGCAAGGUGAUCACCAAACGCUUCUGCUAUUACACCAACAAAUCAGAUCCCGUGGAGCUGUGCAACAUCACCAGUCCGGAGAAGAACGUGCGGCGGAUAUUCUGCGAGGACUGCCUCACCGAUCGCUGCAACGGAGCUUAUAUGGGAUCCUCGCUCAUGGAGUUCGCCCUGCUCCUGCCCAUGCUGGCCCUGGUCCAACAGUUGGCCAACUAAGUGGCACGACAGCCUCUUUAGACGCAUCUCCGUAUUGUAUUUUAGUUGGAACGUGAUAUUUUGCCCGGUCCCAAGAAUGGGGCCGAGCUGUUGCUGAUUAACGACUUACGUUUAGUCCUCGGUUUAAAUUAGUUUAGUUUCGGGCCACUAGAGCCCCCACUCAUUAAGCUUAAAUUCAUAUAUGUUGGUUUCCAAUUUGACGCCAAGCUCAAAGCCCCUCAAAAUAAACCCCUAAAUUUCAACUAAGAAAAAACAGUAAUCAGUUGGGAAUAAACUCAGCCCAAGCACAGUAAAUACUCACUAAUAGUCUAUGUACAACAUGAUAUUUUAAUGUAAAGAACACAGGCAUUCACCUCUAUAUGUAAUUAUAGCAAAUUCAAAUCAAGGUACUUAAGCACUCGAACAGAUGCACCGAAUAAAGUUUACACAACUGA